CCUCGCCCCGACCCUCUCCCCGGCCCCCGCCUCCCCUCCCCCGCCUCGCCCCACCGGCUUCCCACCACGGCCUCUCUCGGCGAGGAAACUCUGGCCUCCGCUUCCUCCUCCUCCGACUCGGACACCGGCGGAGCCUCCCCGCCCCCGCGGAAGAAACCCCGAGCCUCGGCGGCGGAGGGAGCAGGAGAGCCCGGGGCUUCGGCAGGCAGAGCAGGCCUCUCCCCUCCGACCUCGUCGUCCUCGUCCUCGGCGUCGGCGUCCUCCUCCUCCUCCGUGGUGGUAGUGGUGGGACUCCCCCCGGCUGCUGCCCCCGCCGCCGCCCCCCACCGAAGUAGCGGCCCCAGCCUGGUCAGCGGCAGCAUCAUGCAGGCCAACGGGGCCGGAGGAGGAGGAGGCGGCGGCGGCGGCGGCGGCGGGGGCGGCGGGGGCCAGGGACAGACCCAGGAACUCGCCUGCCUGUCGGCCCAGAACGGGGAGUCGUCGCCCUCGUCGUCGUCGUCCGCGGGGGACCUGGCCCACGCCAAUGGGCUCCUGCCUUCCGCCCCCUCCGCCGCCAGCAACAAUAGCAACAGCCUGAAUGUCAAUAACGGGGUCCCCGGCGGGGCUGCCGCCGCCUCGGCCACCGUCGCCGCCGCCGCCGCCACCACCGCCGCCUCCCUGGCCACCCCCGACCUAGGCAGCAGCCUCAAGAAGAAGAAGCGGCUCUCGCAGUCCGACGAGGAUGUCAUUAGGCUCAUAGGACAGCACUUGAAUGGCUUAGGGCUCAACCAGACUGUUGACCUCCUCAUGCAAGAGUCAGGAUGUCGUUUAGAACAUCCUUCUGCUACCAAAUUCCGAAAUCAUGUCAUGGAAGGAGACUGGGAUAAGGCAGAAAAUGACCUGAAUGAGCUAAAGCCUUUAGUGCAUUCUCCUCAUGCUAUUGUGGUAAGAGGCGCACUUGAAAUCUCUCAAACGUUGUUGGGAAUAAUUGUGAGGAUGAAGUUUUUGCUGCUGCAGCAGAAGUACCUGGAAUACCUGGAGGAUGGCAAGGUCCUGGAGGCACUUCAAGUUCUGCGCUGUGAAUUGACGCCACUGAAAUACAAUACGGAGCGCAUUCAUGUUCUCAGCGGGUAUCUGAUGUGUAGCCAUGCGGAAGACCUACGAGCAAAAGCAGAAUGGGAAGGCAAAGGAACAGCUUCCCGAUCUAAACUGUUAGACAAACUUCAGACAUAUUUACCACCAUCAGUGAUGCUUCCCCCACGGCGUUUACAGACUCUUCUGCGGCAGGCGGUAGAACUGCAAAGAGAUCGGUGCCUAUAUCACAAUACCAAACUUGAUAAUAACCUAGAUUCUGUGUCUCUGCUUAUAGAUCAUGUUUGUAGUAGGAGGCAGUUCCCAUGUUAUACUCAGCAGAUACUUACGGAGCAUUGUAAUGAAGUGUGGUUCUGUAAAUUCUCUAAUGAUGGCACUAAACUAGCAACAGGAUCAAAAGAUACCACAGUUAUCAUAUGGCAAGUUGAUCCGGAUACACACCUACUAAAACUGCUUAAGACAUUAGAAGGACAUGCUUAUGGCGUUUCGUACAUUGCUUGGAGUCCAGAUGACAACUAUCUUGUUGCUUGCGGCCCAGAUGACUGCUCUGAGCUUUGGCUUUGGAAUGUACAAACGGGAGAGCUAAGGACAAAAAUGAGCCAGUCUCAUGAAGAUAGUUUAACGAGUGUGGCUUGGAACCCAGACGGGAAACGCUUUGUGACUGGCGGUCAGCGUGGGCAGUUCUAUCAGUGUGAUUUAGACGGUAAUCUCCUUGACUCCUGGGAAGGAGUGAGAGUGCAAUGCCUUUGGUGCUUGAGUGACGGGAAGACUGUUCUGGCAUCAGAUACACACCAGCGCAUUCGGGGAUAUAACUUCGAGGACCUUACAGAUAGGAACAUAGUACAAGAAGAUCAUCCCAUAAUGUCUUUUACUAUUUCAAAGAAUGGCCGAUUAGCUUUGUUAAAUGUAGCAACUCAGGGAGUUCAUUUAUGGGACUUGCAAGACAGAGUUUUAGUAAGAAAGUAUCAAGGUGUUACACAAGGGUUUUAUACAAUUCAUUCAUGUUUUGGAGGCCAUAAUGAAGACUUCAUCGCUAGUGGCAGUGAAGAUCACAAGGUUUACAUCUGGCACAAACGUAGUGAGCUGCCUAUUGCGGAGUUGACGGGGCACACACGUACAGUGAACUGUGUGAGCUGGAACCCACAGAUCCCAUCCAUGAUGGCCAGCGCCUCCGAUGAUGGCACUGUUAGAAUAUGGGGACCAGCACCUUUUAUAGACCACCAGAAUAUUGAAGAGGAAUGCAGUAGCAUGGAUAGUUGAUGGCGAAUUUGGAGCAGACGACUUCUGUUUAACUUAAAAUUAGUCGUAUUUUUAAUGGCUUGGGAUUUGGUGCAAACAAACAUGAUUGAUAGCUGGACAGACAUGCUCGUCAUGAAAAAAAGAACCAUUUCUGAAGCCCGAUUGGGGCCAAACAUUUACACCUUGCUUCAUAGUAACCAGUUGAGAUGAAGCACGUCGUAGAACGUUGUUGGACACCAUGUUGAAUUAUACCCCCAUCGGUUGUGAAGAACUGUGCUACAUUCAGGCUUACCCAUUGAACUCAGUAUAUAUAUUUUUUCCCUCCUGCCUUUUGUCUGGUGGGAUACCAUUCUUGUUGCUCUUCUGUGUAAUGAAGUUUAAAUGCUUGUUUGGAAAACUUUAUUUAACAGUUUAGAAGGCUUGAUAGAAAGAGUGCAUUAGUCUGAAGAGUAUACAUUGGAUAGGAAAGAAUUUCCUUCUUCUGUUUCUCCGAAUCUUUCCGCCUUAUUUAGCUUGAGAUCUUUGCAGCUUGGUUCAUGGAUUCUAGCCUUGCCCGUUGCGCAGUAUAUACUGAUCCAGAUGAUAAACCAGUGAACUAUGUCAAAAGCACUCUCAAUAUUACAUUUGACAAAAAGUUUUGUACUUUUCACAUAGCUUGUUGCCCCGUAAAAGGGUUAACAGCACAAUUUUUUAAAAAUAAAUUAAGAAGUAUUUAUAGGAUUAAAGUGACUUCAUUUGUAUACAUUUGGAAUCUAAACCAGCUUAAAAACAAUUUCCUCUAUCACUUAGAUACGCAGUAUAACUGAUGCUCUUCUGGAAAUACCACACGAGUCAUGGUCAGAAACAGUGCUUGGAAGGACAUUACACAGGAAAUUAGAAUAAUACUUUGAAGGCUUUCCCCUUUUGUUUUGAUUCCCGAAGGAACAUCAGUACCUGACCUGGAAGAAGUUUAAGAUUCAAAAUAGCCAACAUGAAGAUCAGUAAUUUGUUUAGAUUUUUCAGCAGAGCUUAUUUGAAGAUCUCAAUCGAACAUUUUGGUGUGAUCUAGCAAGAGAGUAGGAAUCAGCAGAUAGAAUCACUUUGGAAGUUUAUAGUCUAAUUGAACUUGUUAGAACAGCUCGCAGGUUACAUACUUAAACUGGGUUUAGAACCUCAUAGUCACUUCUCUUAAUUGCCCUUAAUAUUUUGACAUAUAGGGAGACAUAAAUUUAAAAAAUAUUCUUCUUAGUUUUUCAGAUAUUGCCAUACUGAACCUCAUUCUAAACUGGUGCUGUGGAUAGUCUUUCCUUCUCCCCUCCUCUUUUACUUUAAGGAAAGGUUUCCUUCAUGAAAAAAGCACUUUUAAUUUGAAGAAGUUCAAUAUAAUAGAAGCCAAAAGCAUGAUCACAUUGUGCUUUGAGGAAGCCACUACCACUGAAUACAGUAUAUUUAGUCUCCUUUGAAGUCCCCUUUUUUCUGUAGAGGAUGUAUAUGGUGACCACAGCUGUUGCGUUGGAGAGUGAGCUGGGGAUAGUCCCAAAAUAAGGUUCUGGUGAAGAAAGAACUAUGUAAGUUCCUCUUUAAGCCCAGCCAAAUCUGUUCUAUAUUACCAUGAGUAGACUUCUGCAGGAUACACAAGAGAAAGGUUUGCUUGGAUCAAGAAUUCUUCCGCUGGGGGUAGAGGGAACAAUGGAUGGUAGCAGGGAGAAAGGAGAGACAAUAGUUAGAGAGGGAGGGAGAAGAAAGAAAAACACAAUUGGCCUUAAAAUAGCACAGAUUCUCCCAGGAACUCACUAAGUAAAAUGACAGAUCGUGGUCAACAGAUUAUUUAUCAGAUUGGUAUGUAAAAGAUUUAAGCUCCAUUUGCAGAGACCACCACUUAGAGAAUCAAGAAUUCCUGUUUUGAUACUUCUAAGUUAAAAUAACUAUGUUACAGUUUAUCUGGUACUUCAUUUUUCUUAACUAAAAUUACUUUUUACUUUAAGCUUGAAUAAAAAUCUUCAUUGAUAACUGUAUAUAAUUAAGUGGUAACUUCUCUUUACCUCAGUACAGUUUAAACCAUUCAUAUUUUAAGUGAUUCAUGUAUACCCUGAAGCCAUUAAUACACCCCUGUCUCUACAGUAACAUCAACAAAAUGUGGGCAAAGUAACUCCACAGCUGUUUACAAGUGUGGUUACAGUGUGCUCUGGUGCAUUUGUAACAUCCACUGAGAUUUGUGCCCAUUCAGGGGCAGUUUGGCACUCAGAUUCUGCUAUUCAUCCAGCCACCCCAAGAUCUGAGUUUUCAGAGUGUUUCUGAAGGAUAGUUCAAAACACUUUUUAAAAAGUGGAGUUAAAGUGAGGCACUCCUUACAAGAACAUAACUCCAUUAAAACGGAGUAACAACUAUGCAAAGGUUUCUAUAGCAGCUAGGUGAGUUCGUUUUCCAGGUCUGUCUUAACUGGCAACUUUCUCUAGAUACUGGUACAUUCCUGUGCCAAUUUGCUGUCAACUUAUUUUAUUCACUUGCCAUGCAGUAACUGCUAGAACAGUGAAAUAAAUGAAGGAGCCUAGGACUUGAUGGUACAAAGAACCUGAUAGCAGAAUGGUCUAAUCCACAGCUAUUAACUGAAAAUUUUUGAUAGUGCUGUAAUCUCCAUAUAGACACACGAGAAUACAAUCAAGCCAGCCACAACAUACUAAUGUACAAAUUGAAAAGUACCAAUACUUUUUGCACAUAGAUCAAAAUAGAAAGGAGAUUUUGGGCUCCAAAAAUCAGGUUAGUAGGUUCAUUUCCAUGUGCUUAAAAAUGUUUUUUUGUUAUUCAUUGAUUAAGUGCUAGAGCAACUAUGAAAUUUAAUAUCUUUUUCCUCCAAAUAAGUGGUUAUUGAUAGUACAUUUAGAUUGGGGAUUACCAAGAUUGGCGUGGGGAUGAUACAAGAAUUGCAGUGGAGAACUAGGAGGAAUGACUUCAGUAUUGGUUUGUGUAUUUUGUUAGUGUUCAUGCCAAGCUACAUUAAUGUUACUCUUACUGGCCAGGUAAAUGUGUUAAACCAGGUAAGUAGUUUGAACAGGAAAUAUUAUUUGCAAAAGCCCCUAAAAAUUGGCACUUGUUAGUGGGUGGGAGAACGGAAAAAGAUUACCUAACUUUAAAUACAAACUAAGAUAAUCUAGUUGAAAGGGAAAAAGAUUUUUGUCAUUAUUUUCUUUACCAUUAAAUCACAAGUAGUGAUAAGGUGAUUUUAAUUAUUAGGAAUGUUCUCCCACAUGUGUGGCAUUCCGUGACAUUAAUAGAAAACCCUUUUCCCCCACCCUUCCCCAUCUUGAAAUUUUCUUUUUUAGGAUGUUGGUUCCUGCACACAAGAACUGACCCUAUCACCUCUGCUCACAGUGGUAAAUGUCUCGUACAUCUCUUGAAAGGGAAAUAUCCAUGUCAGUUUCUUUCACAGCAGAAGAAUGGCUGCUUAUGAAUGGGGAGGAAAGAAGACAUUUUUCUUAAUAUCCUUUUUGUCCCAAUUCUAAAAUGUAAAUCUUAAUUUGAUUUUUACUUUUAGAUUAAGCAACUCUCCCUUUGGGUUGCUCUCCAAACUGCUCCAUUUCAAAAGAAACAUCUGACUUAAUAUAAACUGUCAACUUUAAAUGAAGAGGUGAAUUUACAUUUACACUUAGACACUUUCUAAAAACAGGGUGAACUUAAUUGAAAUUUUUCAGUGUUGUUAAGCUAUUGUUAUAGUAGCUGCCCUAUAGUUGCAAAAACAAAACUAUAAAAACCCAUUCCCUAUCUACUUAAUCCAGAUAGCCUGGAUUUGAUGAAUACAUAGUAUAAAAAUUGUGUGUGUGUGUGUGUGUGUGUGUGGACACGUGUGGGUGUUGUGUGUCUGUGUGGAAGAGAGAGAGUACUUGAUUCACAAAAGUCCUGGAAACAGCUGUUCUAGGUUCUUGUCAAUUAUUACUAAGUCUUGUGCACAUGUGAAGUGCCCUCUCUCAAUUUAAGAUUUGGUUAAUACUGGUAUAUUUUUAUAAGAUUGAAAUUGUGUCCCCAUCUUUAACUUAGACAUUUUCAUUAUCAGGGUCAAUGUGCUAAAACUGAAUCAUAACAUUUUUAGGCACAGAUGGAAAAAAGUGUUAUUGGCUCCUUGAAAAUGUAUGUGUGUAGCAAGGGGAGGGGAAUAGAUCCACAAAAGCAUGUAUGUACUUACAAACCAAGCUGUAGAGAUCAAGAAGAGAACGUAAUAAGUAUUUGAUCUCAAGAUUUCUAAAUUGUCAAGAUUUACAUGGCAUUGUGGUGGAACUAGUUAACACUUAGAGCUUUUGGUAUGUAAUAACUAUUUGCUAUGGACUGGUUAAAUGUUCCAGAGGAUUGUGUUCUUAAAUUUGGGGGAGGGGUCGUUUUUAACUGCCUCUCAGAGUAUAUUUAGUAGUUAAAAUUUCUUUGCUUUAUUAUUUCAUUAAAGCAUAAAAAACUUCA